AUGUUCACCAGUUCAGACCAGACCCUCUCCCUCACACCCAGCACCCACUCUCCAUCCAGCUGUGGUAAAACAAGAGGGACACAUGCCCAGUCCUCCCUGUCCCUCCCCGAGCCCGAGGACUGGAAGCCCAGCCCUACUCCGCGUCACGGCCUCGCCCAGGGAGCCCGAUCCAGUUCCCUGCAGGUCCCUCAUGCCGUCCCCGAGUACCUGGGGCUGCCACCUCGAGCGGCCAGCUGCGAUGUGCCUUACGGUCACGAUGAGGGCUCGUCUGAUCAGGGCUCGGGAUCUCUGAGCCCCCAUGGUAUGCAGCGGCGGCGUGGGGGACUCGUGGAGCAGAAGGACAUCAUCAUGGCUCACCAGGCUCACAAAAUCCAGAGCACGCCGCAGGCCCUCAGGAAGGAGUGGGAAAUGGCUCGGUUCGGAGACGAGUCCGCGGCCACCACGAUGGACUCCGGGGACGGGGACAUGGAGCAAGGCGGGGACCCCCAGGACCCGGAGGCGGUUCUGUCGGCUUCCGUGAAACAAGCCAAGGCGCAGCGGGCCCGGACCAUGGCUAUGUACAACCCGGUCCCCCACCGGCAGAACUGCCUCACCGUCAACAGGUCGCUCUUCAUCUUCGCAGAGAACAACAUCAUCAGGAAAUACGCGAGGAAGAUCAUUGAGUGGCCACCAUUCGAGUACAUGAUCCUGGCCACCAUCACUGCCAACUGUGUCGUCCUGGCCUUGGAGCAGCACCUCCCAGGAGAGGAUAAAACCCCCAUGGCAAAAAGACUGGAGAAGACAGAGCCGUACUUUAUUGGGAUCUUCUGCUUCGAGGCGGGGAUCAAGCUGGUGGCCCUCGGUUUUGUUUUCCAUAAAGGUUCCUACCUGAGGAACGGCUGGAACGUCAUGGACUUCAUAGUCGUGCUCAGUGGGAUCUUGGCCACUGCCGGUGCUCACAUGAACAUCCCAGUUGACCUCCGAACCCUGAGGGCCGUGCGAGUGCUGAGGCCUCUCAAGCUCGUCUCCGGGAUCCCCAGCCUGCAGAUUGUGCUGAAGUCCAUCAUGAAGGCCAUGAUCCCGCUGCUCCAGAUCGGCCUCUUGUUGUUCUUCGCCAUCCUCAUGUUUGCCAUCAUCGGCCUGGAGUUCUACAGCGGGAAGCUCCACCAAACCUGCCUGCCCUCGGUCUACAUCCUCGAUAAUGAAACGGUUGACUCGACGGAGUUGGCGUUUGCGUGUGGAGUGAGGAAGUGUCCGGAGCUGUACGACUGCAACGACACCUGGAUCGGGCCCAAUGACGGCAUCACGCAGUUCGACAACAUCCUGUUCGCUGUGCUCACCGUCUUCCAGUGUAUCACCAUGGAGGGAUGGACGGCCGUCCUCUACAAUACCAACGAUGCCUUGGGUCUCACAUGGAACUGGAUGUACUUCAUCCCUCUCAUCAUCAUCGGCUCCUUCUUCGUGCUGAACCUGGUGUUGGGAGUCUUGUCUGGAGAGUUUGCCAAGGAGAGGGAGAGGGUGGAGAACCGGCGGGCCUUCAUGAAGCUGCGGCGCCAGCAGCAGACGGAGAGAGAACUGAACGGCUACCGAGCCUGGAUAGACAGGGCAGAGGAGGUGAUGCUCGCGGAGGAGAAUAAAAGUUCAGGGAGAUCGAAGUUAGACGUUCUGAAGAGAGCGAGUAAGAAGACCGGUGCACGUAGAGGAGCGCCAGGGGACGAAAAGUUAGCGAGCAUGUCCACAGCAAACAUGUCCCGAUCGAGGAUGAACUUCCGCAGUGGCCGGCGUGGCCCAGCUGCCUACCUGCGGCGUAAAGAGCGCAUGUUACGCAUCUCCAUCCGCCGCAUGGUGAAGACGGACACGUUCUACCUGAUGGUGCUCAGCCUGGUGUUUCUGAACACCAUCUGUGUGGCCAUCGUCCACCACGACCAGCCCGACUGGCUGACCAUCUUCCUCUACUAUGCAGAGUUUGUUUUCCUGGGGCUGUUUUUGGCUGAGAUGUUUCUGAAAAUGUAUGGUCUGGGUUUCCGGCUCUACUUCCACUCAUCUUUCAACUGCUUCGACUGUGGGGUUAUUGUCGGCAGCAUCUUCGAGGUGGUUUGGGGCUUCUUCCGGCCCGGCAUGUCGUUUGGUAUCAGCGUACUGAGGGCACUGAGACUCCUGAGAAUUUUUAAGAUCACCAAGUACUGGGCUUCGCUCAGGAACCUGGUUGUUUCCCUCAUGAGCUCCAUGAAGUCCAUCAUCAGUCUGCUGUUCCUCCUCUUCCUCUUCAUCGUGGUGUUUGCUCUGUUGGGGAUGCAGCUUUUUGGAGGAAGGUUCAUCUUUGAAGAUUACACUCCCACCAAUUUUGACACGUUUCCAGCUGCCAUCAUGACAGUGUUUCAGAUUCUGACUGGUGAGGACUGGAACGAGGUGAUGUACGAUGGGAUCCGCUCGCAGGGAGGAGUGCAGUAUGGCAUGUGGUCAUCGAUCUACUUCAUUGUGCUCACACUGUUUGGAAACUACACACUGCUGAAUGUCUUCUUGGCCAUCGCUGUGGAUAAUCUGGCAAACGCACAGGAACUCACCAAGGACGAAGAGGAGGAAGAGGAGUUCUUCAACCAGAGAUAUGCCAGAGGCAGGGAUGGCCUGAUCUCUGAUGGUAGAAGAAGACCCUACCUAUACAGGAAACGUGCAAUCCACCGAGGUCGUCCAACCUUUCCAGACGAGGCUGAGGGUGUGCCGGGGGCCCCCGACGAGCAGCCUCUCACUAGCGUCAAAGCAUUCCCCAAUCGCCGAGAGAGGAGGAGAAAGGUUAACAUGUCAGUGUGGGAGCAGAGAGCCAACCAGCUACGCAAACGCCGCCAGAUGGCGAGCAGGGAGGAGCUGUGUGCCGCCCCUACAGAGGACACCAGUGAAACUCCCACCAACGGCCAAAAUGUCCCCACCCUCUCCCUGCAGACCAGUCCGGGUGAGCUGCCAGAGUCUCCCAGGUCAGUUGGGAUGCCCAUCCCCGAGCCUCCGAUGUCCGUCUCCAUCCCCAUCCCUGAGCUUCCAGGGGCUGAGCCUCUGGUGAGCCUGAGUGAGGAGAAAACAGCCGGGGCCAACCACCGCACCACAGGCGGAGGCAGGCACAGGAUGGCCCGCAAGCUCAGGCCCAGUCAGGGGCCGGAGGAAGGGGCCCGGCACAGACGCCACCGGCACCGUGAGGCUCGCAGUGAGGCCAAGAGUCUGGACUGCACUCAGACGCCCCAUGAGGUGCCACAGGUGAGACGCUCGCUCAGCCAGGAGAGGAAGAUACUGGACGAGAGGGAGGAGAAGGAAGAAAGAGAGGAGAGGGAGAAAACAGAGGCGGAGGGAGGGUCGGUCCAAGAGGAUGGUGGAACCUGCAUCGUCAACCCAUAUGCAGAUGUUGGAGAUGACUGCAGAAGAUCUGACAUCCCUGAUCCUCCUCAAUGUGAGCUUGACUGUUCCUGGUCCGAGCAUGGGGAAGGCCGUGUGGAGUCGGCGUUGGAGGCCACAGAGUACACUGUGAGCGCCAUGGAGGCGGAGAACUGCCCGGCCCCCAUCAAACGUGACAGGUCCCACCUGGAGGGGAGCGUGGCCAUCGAGAUGUCUGCACAGCCGCUGCUGGAGCUCGCACCCAUGACAGUGAACAAUAAAGAGCUGGAGGCGUACCAGUCCGAGGAGACGGAGGAGGAGGAGCCUCCAACUCCUCCCAAACCCAUCGCCCCAGACAGCAUGAUCAUCUUCAAGGCCUCCAACCCUAUCAGGAGGAUCUGCCAUUAUGUGGUCAAUCUGCGUUACUUCGAGAUGAGCAUCCUCCUUGUGAUCGUGGCCAGCAGCAUCGCACUGGCCGCUGAGGACCCCGUGUGCGCCAGCUCGGACAGGAAUAAGGUCCUCCGUUACUUUGACUACGUCUUCACUGGAGUGUUCACCUUUGAAAUGAUCAUCAAGAUGAUAGACCAGGGCCUCAUCCUACACGACGGCUCCUAUUUCCGAGACAUGUGGAACAUCCUGGACUUCAUCGUGGUGGUGGGGGCUCUGAUUGCCUUUGCUCUGACGAAUGUGAUGGGGAACAACAAAGGCAGAGACAUCAAGACAAUAAAGUCUCUCCGAGUACUGAGAGUCCUGCGGCCUCUUAAAACCAUCAAGAGACUUCCUAAACUCAAGGCUGUGUUUGACUGUGUCGUCACGUCCCUGAAAAACGUCUUCAACAUCCUCAUCGUGUAUCAGCUCUUCAUGUUCAUUUUUGCCGUCAUUGCCGUGCAGCUCUUUAAGGGGAAGUUCUUCUACUGCACCGACAGCUCCAUGAAUUCAGAGAAGGAAUGCCAAGGCUUCUACAUUGACUACAGCAGAGACAAGAAGGAGCUGAAGAGGAGAGAGUGGAGGAGACACGAGUUCCACUACGACAACGUCUGCUGGGCCCUGCUCACACUGUUCACCGUCUCCACUGGGGAGGGAUGGCCUCAGGUCCUGCAGCACUCGACUGACGUGACAGAGGAGAACAUGGGCCCGAGUCGUGGGAAUCGAAUGGAGAUGUCAGUGUUCUACGUGGUUUACUUCGUAGUCUUCCCGUUUUUCUUUGUCAACAUCUUCGUGGCUCUGAUCAUCAUCACCUUCCAGGAGCAGGGUGACAAGAUGAUCCAGGAGUGCAGUCUGGAGAAGAACGAGAGGGCCUGCAUCGACUUUGCCAUCGGCGCCAAGCCAAUGACCCGCUACAUGCCCCAGAACAGACAAACCUUCCAGUACCGGCUGUGGCACUUCGUGGCUUCGCCCUCGUUUGAGUACACGGUGCUCGUCAUGAUCGCCCUCAACACCGUGGUCCUCAUGAUGAAGUAUCACUCAGCCCCGGCAGCGUAUGAUAUGGUCCUGAAACACCUGAACACAGCGUUCACUGUCCUCUUCUCCAUGGAGUGUAUGCUCAAGAUCCUGGCAUUUGGUUUAGUGAACUACUUUCGAGAUACUUGGAAUAUUUUUGAUUUCAUCACUGUUCUUGGCAGCAUCACUGAGAUAAUUGUGGAUUUACAGUCGGUGAACACAAUCAACAUGAGCUUCCUGAAGCUUUUCCGAGCGGCCAGGUUGAUCAAGCUGCUGAGACAAGGUUACACCAUCCGUAUUCUGCUGUGGACGUUCGUGCAAUCGUUCAAGGCUCUUCCGUAUGUGUGUCUCCUCAUUGCGAUGCUUUUCUUCAUAUAUGCCAUAAUUGGAAUGCAGGUGUUUGGUAACAUCAAGCUGAAUGAUGAGAGUCACAUCAAUCAGCACAACAACUUCAAGACGUUCUUCAGCGCGUUGAUGCUCCUGUUCAGGAGUGCGACAGGAGAGUCGUGGCAGGAGAUCAUGCUCUCCUGUCUGUCGGGUCGGGAGUGUGAACCGGACCCCUCCAUGUCUCCCCUCACCUUGUCUCCAGACCACUUGGGAGGCUGCGGGACCGACUUCGCUUACUGCUACUUUGUCUCCUUCAUCUUCUUCAGCUCCUUCCUGAUGCUGAAUCUGUUCGUGGCUGUGAUCAUGGAUAACUUUGAGUACCUGACUCGAGACUCCUCGAUCCUCGGCCCCCAUCACCUGGACGAGUUUGUCCGCGUCUGGGGGGAAUAUGAUCGUCUGGCGUGUGGUCGUAUCCACUACACGGCCAUGUACGAGAUGUUAACACACAUGUCUCCACCUCUGGGCCUGGGAAAAAAAUGUCCUGCUAAGAUCGCAUACAAGCGGUUGGUGUUGAUGAACAUGCCCGUGGACGAGGACAUGUCCGUCCACUUCACCUCCACCCUGAUGUCGCUCAUCCGCACGGCUUUAGACGUCAAGAUCGCCCGAGGUUCCGAGGAUCGUGUGGCCUAUGACUCUGAGCUGCAGAAAGAGAUCAGCAUCAUUUGGCCGUAUCUUCCCCAGAAGAACUUGGACCUCCUGGUACCUAUCAACAAAGAUGCUGACAUGACCGUGGGGAAGAUCUACGCCUCGAUGAUGAUCAUGGACUAUUUCAAACAGAACAAAGCCAAGAAGCUCAGGCAGCAACUGGAGGCUCAGAAGAGUAGCUUGAUUUUCAAGUGUCUGGAUGCCGCUGCCCUGCCAGGGGACAUCCUCUCCAGCACCCAGCCUCUGCCGAUGAUGGCCCACAGCGCUGGUUCUGCCCUGACCAGAGGAGGCUUCCUGGCCUUGAGCCCCAUCUCCCCCCAGGAUCUGUUUUUGCGGCCGAUAAGCUCCGACACUGACGCAAGUCAACAGCAACCUCUGGUGGGCGAGUGCAGUGGGGGGAUUGAAGCCCCUCUGGAGCUUCCAGUAGGGAGGGGCCUGUGUGUGCGGGCCUCUUCCAUGCCUCGGCUGGCUGUAGAGUUGCAGGAGACGGAGGUUGCCGGUGGGUCUAUGAAGCGUUCAGUGUCCACUAUUGCCGAUCAGCGGGUCAACGGUCUCUGGCAGGACGAGAAAAGUCCCGAACGACUGUAUCGACCUCGUCACAAAAGCUACAAGGCUGCUGUCUCCCGGUCAGAUCACAAGAAGCAGGCUGACAGGGAGCGUGGCCGCUCUAAGGAGCGCUGCCACCUCCUCUCACCGGACACGUCUCGCUGUAACUCAGAGGAAAGGAGCCAGCGGCCCUCGUGCUCCUCCAGUGUGGAGCGAGCACACGCCCAAGAUAAACAGGGAAACAGCUCAGACAGUCCAGUGCCCUCCACCUCAGAGUCCAGCACCCCCAGUGGCCGACGACCAUUAUCGCAAACCCCGACCCGGUCUCGCCCUCACAUCUCCUACUCCCCGCUCGCGGGUCGCACACAAGCCUCUGUCGGUGAAGACGAGGACGAACAGGGCAGCCCAGAGACCACGAGGCGAGGCAAGCCCACCAGGGAGGCCAAAAAGGGGGGUGAAGGAGCAGGACGGGCCGAUUCCGGCCAACAACCGUCCCCGCCUCGACGCUACCCCUCAGAGCCCUUCCUGGCCUCACAAGACGGGGACCACAGCCCUGACCCCUCAGGUCCCAUGGAGACCUUGACCUUCGAGGCGGCUGUGGCCUGCAGCCUGGGACGCUCAAACACCAUCAGCUCGGCCCGCCCGCGUUUGCGGACUGGCUGGCAGGUCCCCAACGGACACUUCCGGAAGCGCUUGGCGCAGACGGCCUCGGUUGCAGGCUGUGAUCCUCUCAGUGACACAGAGGAGGACGACAGGUGCUAG